AAAGCCACAUCCACAACCCAACACUCGGUUAGACGGUCCCCUCUGCAGAGCCUCUUCUAGUCAAAUAUAGCACUAUCGAGGCUCUCAGAAAGGGGAAUUGCAAUCUCCCUGCUUGCAGAUUGAAUCUUUGUGGUGAUUCUGAGCAAGCUUGGAGCAACAUCUGACGUGCUCGAUUUGGUUGAUAGUAUCAAACUUGCCAUCAUGCACCGUGGCUUGUUGCCCUUGCUUCAAGCAGUUAUCAAAAUUUGCUGGGGUUGCGAAGCUGUGGGGAGUUUGAUGAAGCAACGACUGUCUUCUGUUGAUUGAUGCUUUGUCUGUCAUAACAACAACAGCAAUCGGUGGUGAUAGUAACAUGCAGUAUGCAGUAUGCAUGCUAUUCUGGCCAUACUGUAAUAUCAUUAGCUGUGUUUCUUUGAGUCAUUGUUGUCAUGCUGCACGCUGCUUGUGUGAUGACUUUGGUGUGCUCAGAGCAAAGUGGUCCACAGAACUCUGUGAAGUUUCAAGGGUAGAUCGACCUUAUAGAUAUGAGUUAGUAGCGGUUCGGUACAAAGGAGUUGAACAAGGCUGCCGUGCUUUAAGUGAAUGUUUCUCUGUCCUUGAAUGCCGGGCGAUAUACCUGUUGUUGUCUGCCAUGGUUAAAAGCCGAUGUCUGUUCAGUGGUCUCUAGAUACUCUGACAAACGAACCAAAUACAUAUCGCCGUGACUGGCGCGAUCUGAUUCUAGGGCGCAUAUGUCUUCGAAGUAAUAGAUUGGGAUGGCUCAUGGAGGGAAGAGACACUGCUUUGGUUAUUGUUGCACAAGGGUGCAACAUCGUAACACGCACAUCACCACAACAAGGGAGCUGGCGGCUUCGCGUCAACAUCGACAGCCAUCCAGCUUCAACCAUCCUCUUUUCAAA